GAUCCCAUCACUUCUUGUCCGAGCUUCCUCUCUAUUAAAAUCCCCUCAAAAGAGAAAGUAGCAUCUUCGUUUUCUAUAUCAGUUAGUCAUGUUGGGAGUGUUCAGCAGCGAGAUCGUGUCGCCGCCCGACGAGCUGGUCGCCGCCGGCAGCCGCACCCCUUCGCCGAAGAUCACGGCGAAUGCGCUGAUCAACCGCUUCUGCCAGAGCAAUGCCUCCGCCGUCUCCGUGCAGGUCGGCGACCACGUCCAGCUGGCCUACAGCCACGACAACGAGUCCGUGAUACAACCGAGGUCAUUUGCUGUUAAGGAUGAGAUAUUCUGCUUGUUUGAGGGAGCACUUGACAACUUGGGGAGCUUGAGGCAGCAGUAUGGCCUAGCCAAGUCUGCAAAUGAAGUGAUUUUGGUCAUUGAGGCUUACAAGGCGCUUCGUGAUCGGGCACCUUACCCACCAAACCAUGUUGUUGGCCAUCUCAGCGGAAAUUUUGCUUUCAUUGUAUUUGACAAGUCCACUUCCACCUUGUUUGUUGCUUCCGACCAAUUUGGCAAGGUGCCUCUGUCUUGGGGAAUCACUGCUGAUGGAUAUGUGGCCUUUGCUGAUGAUGCAGACUUGCUUAAGGGUGCUUGUGGCAAGUCACUUGCUUCAUUCCCUCAAGGGUGUUUCUACUCCACAACUGUUGGAGGACUGAGAAGCUAUGAGAAUCCCAAAAAUGUGAUCACUGCUGUACCUGCUACUGAUGAAGAGAUCUGGGGUGCAACAUUUAAGGUAAUUCAAGUGACUCAUAAUUUCAAGAGUACCAAUUUAUACCAUGUAGCUAUAUGGUUCCUCACUAUCAAAGUUUCUAGCAUAUUUGUUUCUUAUUAUUAGCUUGUUAAUGUCUACAAUUAGAAAACAAAGGUUACUUUGUAUUGAAAAAUAGUGUUUAACUUGGGGUGUUAACUGGGGCAAUGAAUAUAGUUUUCACAGUCACAGUCGCACUCGAGCGAAAUUGAAGGCGGAUGACUUAGAAGGUAAGGAUAGGGAGACAUUCUUGAAUGCAUAUUUGUCUUCCUCCUGUCUCUUCCAUUCAUGCCUUUGUUUGUGAAAGAAGCAAUAAUAGCAUUCUAGAUAGGGACAUUUCGCACCAACUUUACUGAUGUUGAUUUAUAUUUUCAACAAGAUUUCUCAACUUGGUGGGGUGAAAAUUUCAGGUUGAAGGGCCAGCGGUUCUUGCAGCCACAAAGUAGAAGACGUUCAUGACAUUGAGAAAGUGCGUCUUCAAAAUGUGCUAUCCAUUUCAGGGAGAGAGAGGUUGAGGUUUAUAUGGUGUUCAAUGAUGCAUCAGAGGCCAUGUAAAUACUAAAUACCUGUAAUGGUAACUGUUUGAUAGGGAGUGGGUAAUUUGGGAGAGAGCUCUGUUUUUCUUUUACCUUAGUUGGUCGUAUGUGUUCUAGCUUUUUACCUAUGUACAGCUAUGUGUUGUGUUUAAAUAAAGUUUGUAUCGAGGCUUGAAGUCAGUGAUAAAUCCCACCAUCAGCCAUUAUUUACGGCAUUUCGCAAUGCAGUUAUAUACAAGUUUUAU